ACAACAUGACAGACUGCAACUUGAAGAGAGAAACCGUCAUCCAAUGAGGCAAAGAGGCAAAGGUUGAACAGCAACAAUCCACUCCAGGCAGACAACGUUUUUUGCCUUCGUGAAACGGUGAAGGCAGAACACGGCACCGGGAGAAACAAGGGGUGAAGUGGAUCAGCUUCAUCGGAAACAGGGAUUUUUUUUCAACAACUGGCAGCUCACCAUGGCUGUUUCUCCCUGGCUCCUCACCUCUGUGCUCUUCCUGCUGCCCUUCAUGACACAGGUUUCGGCGCAGCAGCCAGGAUGUUCUGUCAGUGAUACCAGUCCAAAUGUUAAUGAAAAUAACCCUCCUGGCUACGUGGUGGCCACUAUCAAUACAGAACCAGGCUUCACUGUAAGGAUUUCCCCUUCAUCCAGCGAUGGCAAUUUUUUCGCCAUAGUGGGGUCCGAGCUGCAGCUGACCCAAAGUGUGGACUAUGAGGAUACCACCGUGCUGCUGGUGACCCUGAUCUGUGAGAACGCUGUUGGGCAGACACAUAAUUUGGAAAUUCAAGUGAACAUUCUCAACUUGAACGAUAACAGCCCGGUGUUUGCGCGAGGGAACCUGACGGUGUUUGUUCCCGAGGAUACAAAAGUGAAUACAACCAUUGUAGCCCUCGAGGAGGUAAGCGCUAGCGAUGCUGACCUGGACACCAUCUAUUACGAACUCGCAACGAAAGUGGAGGGAACAGAUGGUUAUUUUGCCAUAAAAGGAGUUAAUAACCCAGCAAUUUAUUUACAAAAAGCAUUGGACUAUGAGAAAUUUAAUUUGACAACGUUGGUCUUGUAUGCAAGGGACAGGCCUGUGGACAGCUCUGAACUGACCAACACGGCUACCGCAACAAUAAACGUACAUAUUGAACAAGCUGACACCAAAUCACCCUGGUUCAAACCCUGUUCCUUCAUUAACACGACGAAGAGCAUCUGCAUCAACAGUGGCUACACCGGGACGGUGAAUAUCUACGAGACCCCGACAAAACCGCUCGUCCUGCAGCCGGGGCCAAUCUACGCUGUCGAUCCUGACUACCUUAUAAAUGAAAAAAUCAAGUACAGUAUCGUUGGUGGGAACAAAGACAACGUAUUCUCAAUAGAUGAAGACACAGGGAAUCUAACGAUGAAAAACGCGGCAACUUCCUUUGACACAUACGUACUGCAAGUCAUGGCAGCCCAGGUCAACAAUAUACAGAAAUAUUCCGUAGCCCGUGUAGACAUUAAGGUCGUCAGUAAAAAUAAUCAUCCACCAUACUUUAAGACCAAGAUCUACAAUGGGACGGUAUUUGCUGGUCUGGCCUCAAAAAGCUUUGUCUUCCAAGCUGAGAAUCCUUCAACACCCCUGGUGAUAACAGCAGAAGAUGAUGAUUUCACUGAUAAAGUCAACCCAGGCAUUGAGUACUACAUAAAAAACAGCACGGAUUUCAUUGCAACCAAAGAUGGACUCAUCUUGACAAACGUGAUGCUGGAGUCACCAAAAACUGUAACCAUUGAGGCUGUUGGAAGAGAUACGGUGAGCAUGGAGGAGGCGAGCACUGUCAUCGUGGUGGAGGUCCUCCCUGCCGCAGGUGUAACCGCUUCCAACAAGAUACACACUGCUCAGGAUAUGGCCAUCUUAGGUGGUACAUUAGCAGCACUGCUAUUAAUUGCCUUAAUCUUCCUUGGAGUGAUGGUAUAUAAACAGUAUGGAGAACCAGUCAAACGCCUGAUCAGGAAAAAGUUCUCCAAGGACACCUUUGGGGAUUACCAGAACCAAUCUUAUGAGCAUGAUGAAUAUGAAAAUGUGAGCACCAAACAGCACGAGACGUCAGAAAACGGCACUUACCGGUCGAUGACACAUGUGCCAGAGCAGCCAGCACUUUUCUUGCCCUCUUCCAAUGCAGUAGAAACUGAUAGCGUCCCGAAGACUUCUAUAGCUUCCACCAUCAUCUUUGACCAGGAAGAGAAAGAGGAUAAAAUGGAGGAAACUGAAGAAGAGAUUGAGCAUGAGAAAGAAGUGAAGUCCAUCCUCAAGACAGACAGGCAUGCGGGAAAUGAUGGCUACAAAGCCGUGUGGUUUAAGACUGAUGUGGAUCCAGAUGCUGGAGAGACAGUUGAAGUGAUUGAGGACAAUGCAGCAGAUGGUGAUAAUGACAAUGGUGAUAAUGACAGUGACCAAGAUCUGCAGACGAAUGAUAAUGAGGAGGAGGAGGAGGAGGAAGAUGAUGAUUAUGACAAAGAUGAUCACCACAGAGGGCUGGGGGUGUCCUUUGCCCCGGGGAGCUCAUCACCCCCAGCUGCAGAAGUGAAAGUUGACAUGUCUCACACAGAUGCAGAGACAGAAGACGACAGUUACAUUUAAUGGCAAUAGGCCUGCACUCCCCCCCAAGAAUGGGGGAAUCUCAGCUGCUUUACUGACACAAAGCCCAUCUUUCUGCUCAGGGGGGAAAUGAAUGCAGGAGCAUGGGGCUGCCUGUCCUGCUUUUCUGAAUGCAGAGAUUAAAGCUGGAAGAGAUUACAGCUAAUGCAGCCUUUUAGUGAAACCUUGAAAUAUCACUUAGGAUUUUGAGUGGGGGGAACAACAGGACCCAUCUCUCCACCUUCCUGCCUGUUCCCCCUGGGGUCCCUCACCUCCCAUUUCCCAAACCGGUUGCAGGUAGAGCAGAGAUGUAGCUGAACUGACUUGGAAGCAGUUAGCCCAGCUUGCAAUAGCAAUUUAGUAGCACAACCCAGUGUUCAUCU